AUGACAGCGACAAGCCCCGUCUUCCGGUACAACUUCAGGAUACUGGCAGUGAUCGUACUUGUCGUUCUCAUCUACUUCCGACACAGUAUCCAGGUCGUUCUUUCCAUCACUACACUCCCCAUCACGUGGAGGCUGACAUCGUCUGACUUCUUCAUUUCGCAACAACGAGAUGAUUUCGAUAUUACGUUUGGCAACUACUCGGAGAACAAGCAAGCUUCGUCCCCAGAGUAUCCAGAUCUCAUUCCUCCCAUCCUUCAUCAAAUCUCUUUGGGUCAUAAGCAACCGCGAGAGGCAUGGGUAAUAGCAAGGAAUGCCUGCUUGUCGUAUCACCCGGACUGGGAAACGCAUUUCUGGACAGAUGAAAAUGCCGGGCAAUUUGUGGAAGACAAGUUUCCUCACUUGAAGAGCAUGUGGGAUGGGUACAAGUAUCCGAUUCAGCGGAUAGACGCUCUACGGUACAUGGUGUUGCAUGAGUAUGGAGGGACUGUACUUGAUAUGGACCUCGAAUGUCGAAGAUCUUUGGGGCCACUGAGAAGAUUUGGCUUCGUAGCACCGGCAGCUCAUCCAGUUGGCUUUUCCAACGGCUUCUUGAUGGCCAGCAAAGGCCAUCCUUUCGUAGGAGAGCUGCUUCGGAACCUACCCAUCUUCAACUGGAACUGGCUUGGAUUACCGUAUGCUACCGUCAUGUUCAGUACGGGAUGCCACUAUGCCUCAGUCAUCCACGCUCUUCAGGGCAACAGAACUGAUCUCAGGAUCCUCGAGAAUCCGAAUCUCCAUCGUCUGAAUGGACACGUCACCACCCCGUUAUUUCAUCAUCUUGGCGCUUCAUCGUGGCAUUCUUUCGAUGCUCACUUCAUUGUUUCUAUGGGGAAAUUAGCGGUGCCUUUAGCGAUGUUUGGUAUUUCUUGCGGGUGUAUCUUGGUGUUCUUGUGGGCUGGUCUGUUGCAGUGUAAGCUGGCACGAGUAAGGAGGGCUUCUGUUGUGGAGAAGUCUUUUGUAGAAUAG